AUGACUGGGCCAAAUUCACCGACAUCGGCAAAGGAAAAGACAUUCCGAUUCAUUUCCGAUCCUGGCCACAAGGAAAAUCUAUCAGGCCGCGUGCGAGCGGCGUGCCUCACCUGCAGGCGGAAAAAGAUCAAGUGCUCGGGAGAGUUGAACUGUCGUACUUGUCGAGAGAAGGGGCUGGUUUGCGAGGGACUACCUGAGAGGAAACGACCUCGGCGAGACAGCUCAAGUACAUUUUCGUUAAGUGCUGCUGCUGCGGGAGUGAAGAGGAGGAAGACAGAAAUCGUUGAUAAGCUUGCAAAACCAGCGAUCAAGGCAAAGCCGCGAACAGAGUCACCAAAACCUCGCGAAACCCUACCUAUGGAUCCCAGAAUUGCACAAGCACGUGUUGGAGAGGCAAUACUGUCGCCUUCUCUCACUGAGCCUCCACUUCCUAGCGUCAAUGUUAAAAUCACCUACAAGCAAGCACAACCACCUCAAAGGGCCUUCUACAUGGACAGUUGGCAGCUCCAAGACGAUGCAUCGUCUAGCAGCGAGACGAAACACAAGCCCGCGCUACAACCUCAAGCCCAGACCUUGAGGACUGCUGAUACAACCGCAAGUGCAGGAAAUGGAACACCGAGCUUCCAGCUUCAGUUUCAGCUUCCUGAGCAUGCAGUCGACUUUCAACCUGCCGACGGAACGCCCGUCAUGCCGACGUUCGAUAACACCAGCCGACGACAAACGAUAGCGUUCCCACUGCCUUCACCAGAUUCGGCAUUGGAGCAACAACGAGAUCCUUUCGCUGGAGGAGGUGGCGCGUACGACGACAUCGCUACACUGCUGUACGCGAGGAUGGGUAUGACUCCCGGCAACAACGAUUUCGUGGGCUGGUGGGAGACGAACCCAGAGCUCACGUCACUGCUUCCUCAGGAACCUUCGCAAGCGGCGACUGCAGCACAGAUUCCCCCACCACAGCCGCAGCAGAUUCCCAUGCAACAGCAGACGGCGCAACCACCACCGGCAACCCGACUCUCAAGCGCUGGCGAUUAUUUCGAUCAUUGGCAUGGUUGGGCCGGCGAGUGACAAUUAUGGGGUCUGGAGCUGAAGAUCGGGCUAUCGGACUCCAGCAUCUUGCACUGCGAAACCAAGGAGCAUCGUCAGGAACCUUCGUCCGAAAACUCCCGGGCGAGCAAUGGGAAUGAUAGCAUCCGCCCUCCCGACAUACCAUCGGUCAAAGCUUAAUUUAGAGAGGAAAUACCACGGAGACUCAGUGCGGGCCAAGUUCGAUGACCAGCACCCGCAUGAUCUCAAGAAGUGCAUUGCAGUGCCACGAAACAUACGGCCAAUAUGCUGAUUGCCAAUUUCACAACGACGCCAAGCCGCACGAUAUCACUCGCUGAAGGACUAAUCUGGAGUCAGAUUCAAUCAAUCAACUGCACUUGAGCAUCCUACACGUCGCACGAUCACCUUUCACAAAUUGCCUGGAUUCGAUCUGGAUCAGGAAUACGAGCAACGUCGAAAGAGAAUUGCAGUGGCACAAAACAAUUAUGCCUCAUCUCAUGCGGGGACAUCACUCAACAACUACUACAUCUCCGAGAAAGAUGCGCCUCCGAGCCAUGGCUAGUGCGGCUUAAGAGAAAAGCUCCCCACGCACGAAUCAAAAAUGACAAGAAAAGCAUGACUCGCAGUAUGCAAGCCAAGAUGUCAACACUUCGUACUCAUGGCUUCUGCAAGCGACGAACUUCGAGAAUAUUUGAAAAGGCAUUUCAAGCGAAAAUUUCCGGCUUUCGCCAGGAAAAUUGCAGCAUCUACAGCGACACCAAAAAGUCGGUGACUACCACCAGUGCGUAAUAACAAACAGCUUUGGCUAGCUAUUACUUCCAUCAAUCCGCGUCGAGCGCGUUCACGCAGACCCCAUCCCAUCAACGUUCCCUACGUCACCCCUCCCUCCC